AUGCUCCCAGAACAAGCCUUCUAUGAGGCAGCUGUGGUACUCAUCCUCAGAGCGACCUCGAGAUUCAGUGAUCCCACCGUCAACACUGGGAAGUCCUGGAUCCCGGUGGACAACGACCCCUUCCUCCGCAAAAAAACCAACUACGCCCAAAUACCUUGGACAGACGUACAGACAGCCUUCAAGAACACCUCGCGUGCCGAUGUAGCAAUAUACCCCGGUGUCGACUGGACGAAGCCCCUCUCCAGCUCGCCCAUCGACGUCUUCCAGGCCCACCUCCAGAUCGCCAGCGAUGUCCCAUUCCCCGAGGUAAAGGGUGGGGACUCAGUCACCGAGCUCACUGCCAUUACAUACUCCCUACCAGAAGUCAUGAUGAAUAAAGGGGCACCAAAGGCCAUGGAUCUUUCGUGGGGGGUCUGCCAGCACUAUUUCAUCACCAAUCAAGUCGACCCAACGGUGCCGGUCGAUAACGAUUGCGGCUUCCUUCCGGACGACUGCCGCGCAGACCUCGAGAGCAGCCUCACGGAGGAGUGGGGUAUAAGCGAACCCUCAGACGCUUUGUUCCAGUUUGCCCAUGGACUGACUAUAUGCCUGAAAACUGGCAGGAGUACCUCGGUUACCUUUCUCAAGAUAUUGAGCUACGACUUUGAGCUUCUCAAAGAUGAGGAAUGGUCCAAGACGCUGCUUCUGCCAGAGGUCACGGAAUCUUCGUGGAUGAUUGGCACCGGAUACAGCGACGCUGACAACGUGACGGCGAACUACACGGCGACAAACCGGACGCAUAUAAUCGGUACCGUCUUUGGCUACCUAUUCAGCGUGGAGGAGCACAAAAGGGAGAGGCCUUCGAUAUCGCUCGCUUGCCUUCGCCCUGAGUGUAUGGAUAUGCCGCAGCCUACGGAGUCGACCACUGACAUAACAUAG